UGCCAUCAAAGCAAACUCCCCACCAAACCAUCACUGAGGAAGGGUGAUGACCUCUUUCCACUCUUCGAAUGACUUCCUAGGCUUCUUUAUAGCUGGGUGCGUACAUAAGAUCAUUUUGGCGAUUACAUUUUUCUUUAUUUGUAGAAAUUUUCUCCAUUGGUAUGACGGCCACGGAGCACUUUGCAUCUAUCCACUCUAAUUAUUUUAUAGGUAAGUAGGAAGUCUUUGUCUUGUUAUUUCUCGAAAUCAACCAAUCCUAAGGUCACUUUUUAUUAUGCGAGACAUUGAUCUGACAGAACUCCCCAUCUUUCAAGACGUGAUUUGUUGUUUUUGUUCGAGCAGCCACUGCUGUCACUGCAUUUACCUUUCUAA